AAUGAAGAUCGCUAGUGCCCUAGUUCUUUUAACUUUAUUGACUACGUCACUUUCAAAGGGCUUAGAUGAUUGGUCACAAACUGAAAUUUUGCGUGCCCAAGUGCAUCCCAAAGUGCGCAUUAUUGGCGGUCAGGAAGUAGAACCACAUUCUGUGCCCUACCAAGUAGGUUUGAUAAUUAAUAACUAUCAAUAUUUUUGUGGAGAAGCUCUUAUAUCGCAAAACUACGUGAUAACUGCUGCUCACUGCGGAAUUGUAAUGCGAACUGUGGACGUCGUUCUGGGAGCUCACAACAUUACAAACGCAGAAGAAGCGACUCAAAUAACAAUUUCAGGAGAAAAAGUAAUCCUUCAUCAAGACUACAAUGACACAAGCUAUUUGAACGAUAUAGCGCUUAUUAAGCUGUCUCAAGAAGUAUCAUAUUCUGAUUACAUUCAGCCCAUCAAACUACCAUCUGCGUCUGAUGAGGUUUACGAUUAUCAAGUAGCAAUAGCAACGGGAUGGGGUCUAGCUAAAGACGUACCUUUUCCUUCCAUUAGAGAUAUGUCGCAAGUUCUGUUGGGUGUUGAAGUAGCCGUUACUAAUAUGACUGAUUGUUCUGGAUACUACAACGAUGAGGAAUAUACGUGGGUUACCUCUGGAAAUAUUUGUACUUCUGGGUACCGAAAUAAGGGAACUUGCGGGGGCGAUUCUGGUGGUCCCUUAGCUUUAGGUGGUGUUUUAAUUGGUCUUACCUCAUUUGGAACUGACUUAUGUGAACUCUGCAGUCCUUCUGUUUAUACGAAAAUAGAUUAUUAUUUGGACUGGAUUGCUGCAAACUCUGAUGUAACGUUAUGA